GCCAAUGGAGAACACCCUAGGCAUCGUUCAGAGGUCUAUCAACAUCGUUCAGAGGUGUAUCGAUGCAAUCGCGACAAGAGCUUCUUCCACCGCCUUGAGUUUGUUCGGAUGGCCAGUGAACGAAAAAGCUAUAAAUGGCAAAGGAACUUCGAACGAGGCUUUCGAAACUGUAUUACUUGGGUUGCUAUUCACAGAGGGGUGGGCAAGGGUUACUUGGUAGAGGUGGGGAUUGGGGUUGUGUAG